CUGAAAGUCACGUGACUUCGAGGAAAAGGAGCGUCUGCAGAGCGGCAGUCGGGUAUCGGACCGCAGCACCGCCUCAGUCCUCUCAGUCCGCUUCAGUCCUCUUUAGACCGCUUCAGUCCGCUUCAGUCCUCGUUAGACCGCUUUAGUCCUAUUUAGUCCGCUUCAGUCCUCGUUAGACCGCUUUAGUCCUAUUUAGUCCGCUUAAGUCCGCUUUAGUCCGGAGGAAACGAGAGCGAGUAGUCAUGGCAGCGGGGAGGACGAGGUCCACGCGCAGACUGCGGUCCUGGAUAGUCGAACAGGUGAGCAGUGGGAAGUACCCCGGGCUGGUGUGGGACGACGAUCCCAGAACCAUGUUCCGCAUCCCGUGGAAACACGCCGGGAAGCAGGACUUCAGGAGGGACGAGGACGCCGCCAUCUUCAAGGCGUGGGCGGAGUUCAAGGGCAAGCCGACGGUCGGCGGCCAGCACAGCCCCGCCUCCUGGAAGACACGCCUCCGCUGCGCCCUCAACAAGAGCCCCGAGUUCACCGAGGUGACGGAGCGGGCGCAGCUGGACAUCUCCGAGCCGUACAAGGUGUACCGGCUGGUGCCCCUCAGCGAGCAGGGCCUCGUGGUUCCUGAGAAGAAACCUGCAGCGAGGAAGAGGAAGAGGAGCAGGAGGAGGAGCAUCAGGAGGAGCAGCAGCGAAUCGGAGAGCAGCGACGUGGAGGUGAAGCAGAUAAAGAGGGAGGAGGCCCCCUCUCAGCCGGGAGCUGAGGAGUCUCUGCUGUGGCGGGACGUCCCGGUCCAGAUGGCAGAACCCGCUCAGGCCCCCGCGCCCUCGGACGCGCUCAACGAGCUGCAGGUGGACGUUCGCUUCGAGGAGAGCGUCGACGCUCCGGCAGGAGGUCAGGACUCCUUCAGCGUGGCGGUUCACUAUUUAGGCGCCGAGGUGCUCAGGCGUAAGAUCCACAACGACGACGUCCGCAUCACGUACCUGCCCCCCUCCCACGCGCCCCCCACGCCGGCGGUCACCAAGGACCGCUUCCCCCGCGUCCAGCUGCCCGACCCUCCGGCGGCGGUGGCGGCGGGGCCCCAGCGCCAGGCGCUGCUCACGCUGCUGCCCUUCAUGGAGAAGGGGGUGGUGCUGACCGCCACGCGGCAGGGCGUCUACGGCAGGCGCCUCUGUCAGGGGCGGGUCUUCUGGACGGGGCCGCACGCCGCCGCCGGCCCACGUAAGAUGGAGAGGAACGCGGAGCCGGAGAUGCUCUUCAGCAAAGAGGCCUUCAGGCAACAACUCGACGUGUUCCGCUCAAGCGGCGGCGCCCCCCCGCGCUGCGGCGUCACUCUGUGCUUCGGCGAGGAGUUGAGUGACGCCGAAGACCCGGCGGGAAAACUCAUCAUCGUUCAGGUGGGCUUCCUGUGGGCGGAGCAGCAGCUGCUCAACGCGCGCUCCUUCUGCGACUCCAUGGACUUCCUGCAGGCGCUCGCCAGCGAGUCUCCGCUGGGGGAGAUCACGCUGAACCUGGUCUCCGUCCCGCCGGACGCCCCCGAGGCCUCGGCCUGCGGGUUACCCUGAGCACACGGCGCCCGCUUUCAAAAUAAGAGCCCGAAGGGCUGAGCCAUGAGGUCCAUCACCUUGGACGCACCAACUAUGAAAAAAGGGACUACGUCACAAUCGAUUAGAUUCAGAAACACUUCUGCUGCCAAAAGAAGAGUUUCUGGCUUUUUUUAAUGUUCCACGUGGCUCAGCCCUGACUGUUAGCACUAAACAAAUGAGCACUUAUGAAAAACACUUCAACAUGUCAACGUAGAGAUUAGUACUGGAAGCACUACGGGGGGGGGGUCUGCACGCAGGAGCUUCUCCAUCGUGACGAUCUGUGAUUUUUGUGUCGUCUCGUUCUUCCUGGAAAUGUUGAAAAUGUUGAAAAUGUGAUGUGUGUUUGUGUGGUUCCAAACCUGUGGGUGGCGACCCUCCAAAGGGUCAAGAGAAGAACAGCAAACAUUUAAUUCUAAUGGAUCACUGGAUAAUGAAUUUUUUUUAAUCAGUGCUUCAAAAGAGAAAAAAAGGUUGUUUUAAAGAACUGGACGAGCCCCCGAUCCCACAGUAAAAUAAAGCACACAUAAUAGAAGAUGAAACACAAACACACAACUCUUAAGGGAAGUUAUUCUUUGUUCGGCUUUAGUCGUUUUAUACAUUGAUACAUUUUGUUUUUACAAAUGUGUGUUCAAAAUCAUGUAAUUUUUUUCAAAAUCAUGUAAUUUUCUCUAUUAUGUAAUAAACCUAAUGCAUUAUCUACUA